AUGGCAACCCUCACAUGUCCUGACAACGACAAACACCGGCAUGAUUCUGGCUCGACACUCACUGACAUAUCUGUUACAUCGCCCUUCCUCCGCGUCUCUCCCACUCCUCAGCACGAUGGUCCCGCAAGCCCCAAGUUCGAUAUCGCUGUGUCCUCUCUACGAGUCGUAGCCCGUUCAAUUUCUUCCCUGAGCUUUGUGUCCGAUAGCAAGUCGUUUUGUACUGCUCUUACGGUCACCGACAUCGACGUUAAGGCGACCCAACCACGUAGCCCACCAGAUCCUAAACCCCCACAACAGAGCUCUGUCGAAGAUAGGAUGGUGAAUGGGAACAAAAUUCAAGGUAUGGCUGGGGGUUCGGGCCAGAGAUCCCAGUCCACCAAUGAUGCCUCGCUGCCAGCAUUACAAACUUCACUUGAGGAACAAGUGAACAGCAAUACAGCUCAGCAAGAAUCUCCAUCCCCAAAAGCUCGUCGACGAAAAUCCCAGACCCCCACUACAUCCAGGUCUUCCUCCAUAUCGGGCUCUAAGUCUACGAGAAAUAGUAGUCGCGCUAGUCCAUAUCACCAGUUCCAGUUACAACGAAACGCCGUUUCGGAAUAUCCUUCCAGGUCGUACCGUGAGGAUCGAGACCUUAUUACACUUCACCGUGAAAGCUGCCGGCUCUUUCAAUCAUUCAGCCACCCAACUAAACAUAACCCCGCUUUGUCUCUCGAUACAAUGCAAGAGCCAGGAAUUCGCCCCACUCGCGCCUCGACUGAACCCUCCCAUAGCAGUAAUAUCACAAGAUCGAAAAUUAUUACUCGGAGAAGUUCCGCUGACUUACCAUCCAAUUACACACAUUUGCACUCUCAGCUUGACCGUGGCGCAAUACUACCAGCACACUCAGAAACGGUUUCUUUAGACUUGGAAGGCCCGGAUAGCCCCCUCGCUGCCACUAGAUCUCAAGACUCAGAUGGCCAGCAAAUUCCUGAGAGAAUACCAGCGUAUGAGAGAAUUCCGCCAACUGUUAUUGAUUGGACUUCCCCGUCUACUAGAAAGCGUGAAUAUGAGAAAAUCGAUCGUUCAAGUCGAGGCAUCCGCGGAAUGUGGCGAAGACUGGCCCCAAAAUGGUGUCAGAGCAAAAGCCAGCGUCUCUCAUUCUUUAACGACACAACAAAAGACAAGAGGCUAUACGAAAGCAGUGUCAGACGUUUCCGAAUGGAUAUUCCUACAGAUAAUUCCGAAAAGGCGCAAUAA